GCUAAGAAGGCAAAUGAAAGGAUUGUCGCUACCGCGGACUCCAUUACCCCCAAAAAAAGAGAAUCUGAAAGAACAGUCAGAAAGAGAAGGCUUUGUCAGAAGGAGAAUCGGAGAAUAGAAAUAACGCACAGAAUUACUUCAGACAAGAAACAGGAGUUGAUUUGAUCAGAAUAUAAGCAUUUUUUCACACGGAUACAGCAAUGGAGACUACUGCAGGAAAGACACAAUGGAACAGGCAAGUGAUAUUUUUUAUUGUAGCUUUACUAUUGUCUGAGGCGAGUUCCGAGACGGGGGAGUUUUCUGUGGCAGAGGAGAUGGAGAGCGGCUCCUUUGUGGCCAAUGUGGUGAAAGCGUUAGGUCUGGAAGUGGGGGAGUUGUAUGCGCGGGGUUCGCGGGUAGCCUCUAACCAUAACAAACAAUUUUUACAACUGGAUCAGAAGACAGGGGAUUUGUUUCUAAGUGAGAAACUGGACCGGGAGGAGCUGUGCGGCCCCACCGAGCCCUGUGUGCUGCCUUUCCAGAUCUUACUGGAAAACCCUUUGCAGUUUUUCAGGGCUGAACUGCAAGUGAGAGACAUAAAUGACCAUUCGCCCACGUUUCCAGACCCUGACAUACUCCUGAGAAUAUCAGAAAGCACCACGCUAGGGACUGCCUUCCCUUUAAAAAUCGCUCAGGACUUGGAUGUUGGCAUUAACAGCCUUCAGAACUACACCAUCAGCCUCAACUCGCAUUUCCUCCUUCACAUUCACACCCGGAGUGAUGGCAGAAAGAUCCCAGAGCUAGUGUUGAAUAAAGCUCUGGAUCGUGAGGAGCAGCCGGAACUCACACUAACCCUCACGGCCAUGGAUGGUGGGUCCCCCAUGAGGUCUGGGACAGCCCAAGUGCGGGUUACCGUUGUGGACGUUAAUGACAACCCGCCUCUGUUUGUUCAGUCAAGGUAUCAAGUGCAGAUUCUAGAGAACAGCCCCAUUGGAUCUCUGGUAGUGACUGUCUAUGCUCGAGAUUUAGACUCUGGAAUCAAUGGGGAUAUCACCUAUGCCUUAUUCCAAGCUUCAGAUGAAGUCAGCCAAACAUUUGGAAUUGAUCCAGUCUCAGGAGAAAUUCGACUGAAAAAACAAGUAGAUUUCGAGGCAAUUCAGAAAUAUGAGGUGGAUAUUGAGGCCACGGACAUCGGGGCCCUUUCUGGGAAAUGUACUGUUUUGGUCCAAGUGAUGGAUCUGAACGACAAUUCCCCAGAGCUGACUAUGUUGUCAUUAACUAGCCUUAUUCCAGAGAACGUUCCAGAGAGUGUGGUCGCUGUUUUCAGCAUCAGAGAUCGUGACUCUGGGGAAAAUGGAAGGAUGAUUUGCUCUAUUCAAGAGGAUCUUCCUUUCUCCUUGAAACCUCAUUUGGGGAACUUCUAUUCAAUAAUAACUGAGGGAGCUCUAGACAGAGAAAGCAGGUCGGACUACAAUAUCACCAUUACUGUCAUGGAUUUGGGGUUUCCAAGACUGAAAACCGAGCACAACAUCACAGUGUUCAUUUCCGACAUCAAUGACAACCCACCAGUAUUUAUUCAGACAGUGUACACUCUCUACCUCCGGGAGAACAACACCCCCGCCCUUCACAUUGGUAGCAUCAGUGCCAGUGAUAGAGACUCAGGGACCAAUGCCAAAGUUACCUACUCCCUGCAGCCUCCAGAGACUGGAGACCUGCCCCUCUUCUCCUACAUCUCCAUCAACUCAGACAAUGGACAUCUCUAUGCCCUGAGAUCUCUGGAUUAUGAAGCCAUCCAAACUCUCCAGUUCACUGUGAGGGCAACUGAUGGAGGCUCCCCAGCCCUCAGCAGCCAGGCUCUUGUCCAGAUUGUGGUUCAGGAUGAGAAUGAUAACUCUCCCUUUGUGCUGUACCCCCUGCAGAAUGGCACAACUCCCUGCAAUGACCUGGUGCCCAAAACAGCAGAGCCAGGUUAUCUGGUCACCAAGGUUGUUGCUGUAGAUCAGGACUCUGGACAGAAUUCCUGGCUUUCCUACCAACUUCUCAAAGCCACAGACCCAGGGCUUUUCACCGUGUGGGCACAUAAUGGAGAAGUUCGAACAGCAAGGCCCAUCAGUGACAGAGACGCCAUCAAGCAGAGACUCUUGGUGCUGGUGAAGGACAAUGGGCAGCCUCCUCUAACCAUAGUGUCCACACUGAAUGUGCUCUUAGUGGAUGGAUUCUCUGAGCCCUUUGUGAAGCUUCCAGAUGAGCCCAAAGAUGAGCCACAGACUGAUUCCCUUACAGUCUACUUGAUCAUAUCUUUGGUUUCUGUCUCCUUUCUGUUCCUCGUCUCUGUCAUCCUUUUCAUUUCCAUAAGGCUGUGGAGAAAAGGGGAUGCAUUGGAAGGUGAUCGCUUAGAACCCAACUGCCAAUUUUCAGGUCACUUGGUGGAUGUCAAUGGCACUGGGACCCUAUCCCAGAGCUACCAGUAUGAGGUGUGUUUGACCACUGGCUCUGGGAACACUGACUUCAGGUUUCUGAAGCCAAUUAAUCACAAUCUCCCUCCUCCAGUUUCCAACAGGGACUCGGAGGAAGAUCAAGUCUUCCAAAAUACCUAUAUGCUUGGUUAAGUGUGAGAAUUCUUUAACUUGCAUUUAAUAUGUAGAUUGUGUACAUUUUUGGCAUUUCUGAGAUGUUACUUAAAUACUGAGAUUUCCUGGAUCUGUGAUCUUUACCUAUGUAGUCAGCAAUUUGAUUCCUGAUAGUCAUCGUUGGAUCCACAUCAUAAAAGCUUUUUGACAGACAGGAAUUUUUUUUUUACUGGUAAUUUUCCUUAAGGAGAAAUUUUAGCUAGCUAACAAGUUGAAGAUGUAGUGUUCUUAUAUUCUACAUAGUCUGCCCAUCAAUGUUGACAUUUUAAUUAAAUUCAACCUUCAAGUAAUAAAGUGGGAAGUUGAAUUAUCUUCCUUCUAAUAUUUUUAAAAUUAGACUUUUCUGUUAUUGAUCAAUUUCAGAAUUUCUGUAUUCUUUUAAAAAAUAGCUGUAUGUUUAUUUUUUGCUUCAUAGGUAUGGGUU